CCAAGAGAAAAACAAUAUGUCACCAUUGAAAAGAGAAAAAAUGACGAGGCCAACAAGGUGGAGUCCAACCCCAGAACAAAUUAUGUUCUUAGAAGAAAUGUAUAGGAAAGGUGUAAGAAAUCCAAAUGCUACACAAAUACAAAGUAUUACAGCCCAUUUGUCUUCUUUUGGGAAAAUUGAGGGGAAAAAUGUGUUCUAUUGGUUCCAAAAUCAUAAAGCUAGGGAUAGGCAAAAGCUUAAGAAAAAACUCCUUGCCCAAAUGAACCAACAACAAAUAUUAUCUCAAUAUCCUAUUGAUGCUCAUAGUAGCACUACUACUACCAACUCCAAUAACACAAACACAAAUGCUACCCUCUUUCAUUGCCCUACUGAUCAGUACCAAAUAUUCCCUGUUACAUCUACUGGGAUUCAUCAAGAGGGAGGAAUCAAAGAAGCAUCAUCUCAAGUUAUGACUUACCUAUAUCCAAUGGAUCUUUCAAGAUCAGCUGAUCAGAAUAUGGAAAAUUGCAUGAUAAGACCCUAUGGCAAAGAUUGGAUCUUGAUGAUGAACAUUACUCCUAAUAAUUUACCAUGUUAUGUCAAUAGACCCCUCAAAACCCUACCACUUUUUCCCAUAACUACAACCGAUGGCCUCAAGGACCAAACUGCAUCUUCCUCUUUAAGUCUGUAAGUUUAAGUUUUAUACAUCGUCAGUGUAAGCAAUUUUUACACCAUAAACUCAUCCUUAUGAUAUAAAGAGAUAAGCUAUCUGUUAUUUCAAGUAAAGAUGGUUUGAUGGUGUAAAUAUUAUUUACACAUACGGGUGUAUAUUGCUGAAACUCUAGUCUUAUAAUAAUAGUCAUUUUGCAUGA